AUUUUUAUAAACAUAAUAAUCCAUAGUGUAAUGUAUAACACAUAAUAUGCUCAAAAUCACUCCCCAUGGGCAAACCUACAAAAUCCAUUAUUUUAUUUUCCACAUUUUUUAUUUAUUCUCACUUUUGAUUUCAUUUAAUUUUAUUUCACAUUUUAAAUACCAUUUAAUGGAAUUUGUUUAAUUUAAUCUGGUAAAUUUGUCAAAUCAGUAGACAAUGAUUAUUCCCGUUCGUUGUUUUACUUGCGGUAAAGUUAUCGGCCAUUUGUGGGAGAAAUGGCUGGAAAUGCUCAAAAAAGAUAUUCCAGAAGGGCAAGCCUUGGAUGAUCUUGGUUUAACUCGGUACUGUUGUAGGCGUAUGAUUUUAACUCACGUUGACUUGAUAGAGAAGUUACUUGUAUACAAUAUCUACGAUAAAAGGAACCAGGAAGUUCUUUAACACCAUGUAAUUUAUUAAACAGUAUUCUUA